AUGAAAGUCGUUCACGCUGUUCAUGCUUAUUUAAGCCACGGCAUCCGGCGUGCUCGUCAAUCUCCUGCGGAGACUUGGGAUGCCGUCUGGGACUUUGCUCGUCGUUAUUUUUUCACUUUGGCCUUCUUUUCUUUAUUCACUGCCAAAUUAUUGCAUCUUUAUGCUCAUUUAUACUCUCUACCUCUUCCCCGAUUCUUUCUAUGGGGUCUUACCUUCUUUUUUCAAGAUGUGAUGAUUCUAUUGUUGUUUCGUAUUCUCGUUCAGAAGGUCGCGUGGCGACCGGGAGCUGCCUUGCUUGCAAUCUUAGUGAUCCCGUCUAGUUUAAUUGUCUCUUUCAUGGCUUCCGCCAAUAUGUCAUUCUAUGUGUUCACCGGUGCCGAGAUCCACUGGCGCCAAGCCAAAUCCUUCAAUGGUGAUGCUGCCGCCAUCCACACCCUCCUCUCCGGAUUAACUGGCUUUUUGGUUGUCGAAGGAAUCCUCCUCACAAUCUCUUUGUUCGCUGCCCAUUCCAUUCAUGCACUCUCGGGAGGAAUUCUUCAUGUCUGGGCCUGGCCCAUUCGCUGGUUGUUUGCUCGCGUGCGACCGCACGUGGAGCCUCUGGUCCAGCGAUGCUGGCGAUCCAAAUCCAAAUCUCCAGCGACCGAUCUUCCCGAUCCUCGAAUCUACGAACAGAUCAACAUGGAUGACAACGAUGAUAUCAGUGAUACCGAAGAGGGAGACCAUCUGUUGAAUGCCGCUCAACUACCCAACCUACCCAACCGCCUCCCGGAGUCCAAGCGAGUCACGGAUGGCGUUCCCCAACGGGCCCUAAUCCUAGGAUUAUUUAGUCUCUUCCUCUUCCUCCGGUUUCUGCGACCGUGGGAUCCGAUAUAUAUGUACAUGUCUACCACCUUGCCCUUGACUACGGUUAUUGAAGGCGCCGAGCGUCACUCCCCUGUCGAUACCACUGGCACCCCGGGAAAUUUACAUUAUUUGGAUGGCGCAACUGCAUUGCGCCCCGCUCCCCGUUGGAGCUGGAUGUCAAAGGAACCCAUCGCUGGUUUCGAGGACUGGGAUCAAUCCGAUCCCCUAGUCCUUCACUACGACCCGAAAGAGGACCCGUUGCACAUCUCCAACCUCGACAGGCCGGUGCUGAAGGAGAUUCACAAUGCAUUGGCUAGUGGCGAUGUCAAGAUCAAACAUGUCGUUUUCUUGAAGCUCGAGAGUGCGCGUGCCGAUAUCUUCCCCCUACAAAAAGACAGCUUUAUGUACAAACGCAUCGCCGAAUCAUGGAAGGACAAGAAGAUUCCCCCAAAUGUUGUAGACCGUCUUGCAAACCUCACUCGGACUGCCGAGUUUUUGACCAACUUCCCCACCGGAUUUGAGCACGACGAUGCCCGUUUCGGCCGCAAAGCCUAUGGUGGCAUCAGCGCCAGGGAUGCCAUCACGACUGCCACAUACACUCUCAAGAGUUUGACAGGAAGUUUCUGUGGCGUGACGCCACUGGUCGCCGAUUUCAAUCGCGAAUUCGACCACCAUAUCUACCAGCCAUGUCUGCCCCAGGUCUUUGAUAUGCUCAGCCAGCAACCGGAUAUUACCAGCGAGUCGGACGACUUCACCAAGUGGCCGUGGCAUUCCACCUUUAUGAUGUCUGUCACCGAAAUGUACGACAACCAGAACAAACUGACCCCUCAGUUGGGAUUCCGUGACAAACAGACCAAGGAGACCAUCAUCAAGCCUGAAGCCAAGUAUUAUCCCGUCAAAAGUGCAGAGGUGAACUACUAUGGCUAUCCGGAAACCGAGCUUCGGGAGUACAUCCGUGAUGCCAUCGAUGAUGCGGAACGUGAUCACCAACGUCUCUUCCUCACCCAUCUCACGAGUACCACUCAUCAUCCGUGGGGAAUUCCGAACGAGGCCUUUGAGGAGAUGAUGGGCUCAAAAUCCGGUUCUAACAACGAUAUGAAUCGAUUCCUGAACUCGGUCGGUUAUGUGGAUGAUUGGAUCUCGAACCUCAUCGAUAUCCUGGAGGAGAAGGGAGUUGUUAAUGAGACCUUGUUCGUCAUGGCUGGAGAUCACGGCCUUUCCCUCCCCAACGAUGGCGGUAUCACUCCCUAUGAUAACCCCCAUGUGGGCAGUUUCAAGGUCCCUAUCGUGAUUGCACACCCUCAACUCCCACCCGUCCAGAUCGACACCCCAGUCAUCAGCAGCCAGAUCGUCCCUACCAUCAUCGACUUGUUGAUCGAGUCGGCUUCCCUCAGCCAGGACAGCACACGGUCCGCCCGCGAUAUUCGCUCGUUGUACGAAGGUCAAUCCCUGAUCCGACCGCAGGUCGUCGAGCAGGACGGACGCGAAGCCUGGCAUUUCACAGUCAUGAACACCGGUGGUUCAUGGCUAUCUGUUCGGUCCGCCGCCCGGCCGGAGUUCCGCCUGGUGAUUCCGCUAGUCAACGACGUAGAAUGGCGUUUUUCCGAUGUGUCCAAGGACCCGAACGAGCUGAGCCCGAUCUCGCGUUUUAGCCUUGCCGAUCUAGCGGCCGCCAUCGAGAAGGAAUAUGAUGAAAAAACCCUCGAGUGGCUAUUCAACGCCUCCUAUGUCGCCAACUGGUGGGUCUUAGAGAACUGGGACCGGUGGAGAUUCUCCCCAAAGGCCGAAGAAGAGGCUAAAGAACACAAAACCUAA